AUGGUGGUGGUGGUGGUGGUGGUGGUGGUGGUGGUCAUUCGCCGGUGCUGCAGGGGCAGCUCGGGGCCCCUGGCGGGGCAGCUUCUCGCCAGCUUCACCUCCCCCUCCCGUACGGGACCCUUCAUGGCAGACCUGCUCGUCACAACAGGGGGCGUGGCAGAGGCCACUGUCAGCCAUACCUUCACAGUGCCAGUACCAGCACCAGCACCAGCAGCAGCAGACAGAGGCUCUGAGCCGACCGCCCCGCCGGGUAGCCAAGCGGGCAAGCUGGUGCUGGGGGGCGUCGCGUCGGUGCCGGCACUAGCGGAGAAGUCGAAGGUGUGGCCGCCCAAGGUGACACUGGAUUACGUGGGCAACUACCUGCACAUCAAGACGAGCUCCUCACUGGGGCCGAAACCGCUGAUUAGCGCCGCCGCCGUGGGGGGGACUGGCCGGGUGGACGUUGGCGGCGAGGCGGCGUACAGUUCCUCCGCCCUGCGCGUAACAAGUUGGACUGCCGCCGCCGCCUGGCAUGACGAGAGGCAGCAUGUCGAGCUGCAGCUCAGAGGCAGUGGCGUCGUCGGCGUCGGCAGUAGUAGCAAUGGCGGCGGCAAAGCGACACUUCUGUACGGCUACAGCCUUAAGCCCGGCGUGGCAUUGGGGCUAGAGGCGGUGGCGGAUCUGAAGCCGGCGAUGGAGGCGUUCUUCGCCCCGCCGCCGCCGCCGGCUACUGCUGGUGAUGGUAAUGGUGGCGGUGCUAGCGGAGGCGGCGGCGGCAAAUCUGGCGCCGGCACGGCACGUGCGGCCGCAGCGGCGGCGGCGCCGCCGGCGUUCGCUAUUGGGGCGAGUUUCAAGGUGCCGAAAAAGGCGGCCGCCGGCACCGGCACCGGCAGAGGGAGCGGCGGCGGCGGCGGCGGCGGAGUCGUGAAAGUCAAGAUCUCCAGUCGCGGUGUCGUAUCACUGCUGUACAGGGACACACUGGCGGCGGGCCCACGGGUCACUUUCACGGCGGAGGUGGACGGUUUGAACCCCGGCACACGGCCUCGCCUAGGACUGCAGCUCGAAGUGUGA